AUUCAUCUCCAUCUCCCUCUCCCUCUCCCUUCUUGCAAACCCACCUCCACUUCUCUCUGUGCAAACUCACCCCAUUUCACCCACUUUAACUCGCACAUGUCCAUAUGCACGCCUCAACGACCAAAAACCUAGCCACUGUCGUCCGCUCCUUCUCUAGAUUCUAUUCCAUUCGUUCCAAAAUCAAAGUCGAAGGAGCAGGAGCAGGAGCCGCCGUUGCCGCCUCCAAGAAGAAGAAGAAGAAGAAGCCUGCCUCUUCCACUACUACUGAAGACGCCUCCUUAAAACAGUACGUCUCCGCUAUCAAUUCAACUACCAUCACCUCCUCCGUCGCCGCCAUCAAUUCCUCUCUCUAUGAUGUCGUCCGCGAAAGCGUGAAGCUGGGUUCCAAACCUGGUGAUGAUGAAUCAGGAAAACAGCUAUCGAGUGAAGUGUCCACUUUAUUACAUGAUAGACUGGAUCUGGAUUGGGAUGAUGAAUUUGAGGAUGUACAACCUCUGGGAAAGGUUUUGAACUUGCCAUGGCUAUCAAGGAUGUCAAAUAAUGAUAUUUCAUUGCGGAGGAAAAAAGUAUCACGGGAGAGGAAGCAGAAGUGGGUAUAUAAGAAUACACAAACCAGUCGAUUUGAUCGGCUGGUCAAAAUGUGUGCCGUAAAGCUGGGUACAGAUGCUACCCUCGAGCUAUUUGGCAGAUUGGGACGAGAAACUGGCCUGAAGGAGUAUAAUUCAUUAAUUGGGCAUUGCAUACAGAGGGCAAGGGAUGCCAAUGACGAAGAAGUUUCAUUAGAGGAGAUUUACAAGGGAUGCCAACUUUUUAAAACAAUGAAGGAACUGGGUUUCAAAAUUGAAGAAGCAACAUAUGGCCAAUUCUUGAUGUAUUUGAUUGAUCUGGGUAUGGUUCAGGAAUUUUUUUUCUUUCGCGACCUCAUUAAAGAUGAAAAUCCAGAUUCACUUCUGAGAUUAGCUUAUUAUGAAAUGCGGCUAUGGAUUGGUGUUAAAAAUGAAGCAAAGAUACGAGAACUUAUCUGUUCCAUCACGGAUGAAAGUGCAGAAGAUAAAUAUUCCUUCCGAGAAAAUUUAUUGUUGGCGUUGUGUGAAAGUGACCGCAAAGAAGAUAUUUUGCUGUUACUGGAAGCUUUUGACAUAACGAAAGUCACAUCAGUCGAAUGUAAAGUGAGUAUCUUCAAGUCAUUAGGGAAACUCUCAUUGGAGUCUAUUGUGGUUGAUUUCAUGCGGACACUGAAAAGCAGUGAUAUCGGGCCUGAAAACAUGUCAAAAUUCAUCUGCGAAUAUGCAAUCAGCAUACCAAAUUUAGGGGUUGAAGAAAUCAUUGAUAACUUCAAAUCUUUACACACUAAGUUGGACGUGUUGCCUACUUCUGCACAAUAUGAGAAGCUCAUUAGAUAUUCCUGUGAACUCCACAAGGUACACCAGGCACUCUAUAUGGUUGAUGAGAUGUUCGAAGCUGGUUUGACUUUAUCAUUGGAUACGGUUCAUUCCAUCUUAGAAGCCUGCGAGCAGAGCUGUGACUAUAAUCUGGUUCAUCAAAUCAAGACAAUGAUAUAUCGCCAUGAUCUGAAGCCAAAUAUUGAGACCUGCAGGUUGAUGAUUAUUCUGUUUGUGAAGUUGAAAGACUUUCAAGGAGCGUACGAAGUGAUGAAUGAUCUGGCCAAGAUGAAUUUGGCGCCAACAGUUAACAUUUUCAACGCCAUAAUGAUUGGAUAUCUUCGUGAGAAGAACAUUUGCAGUGGACGACACGUUCUCAAACAAAUGGAAGAGGCGGAUGUAAAACCAGACUCUGCAACUUUCAGCUAUCUUAUAAGCAGCAGUAACUGUGAGGAGGAUAUAAUCAAGUUUUAUAACGAAAUGUGCAACUCUGGAGUUCAACCCACGAAGUUUGUUUUUAUGGCCCUCAUAAAUGCCUAUGCAGCCUGUGGACAGUUUGAAAAGGCUAAACAGGUUCUCUUAGACAAGAGAAUACCAGUGAAGAGCUUAAAUGAAAUCAAGAGUGUGCUUGUCUCGGCCCUUGCUUCACAUGGGCAAUUAUCUGAGGCCUUUGAAAUGUAUGAAGGAAUCAAAGAAGCCGGAUCCAACCUGCAGCCAAAAGCAAUCGGAUGUCUUAUCGAGCAUCUUAAAUCUGAAGGAGAGUUAGAUAGACUGCUCCAGCUACUCGAGGAAUUAAAUGAUUCACAAUACUGGGUUGAUACCUGCUUCAAGGUCAUUUCAUAUUGUAUUCAACACGAGCAUUUAAGAUCUAUUGUUGAUUUGCUCAAGCAACUCAAGAAUAAUUUUGACAAUGCUGAACUUGCCACAGAUGCUCUGUUUGACGAGGUAUUUAGCUUAAAUGCGGAGAAAGAGGCAACAGAUAUGCAAUUUGGUCUGAGUUUGCUAAAAGCUAUCAAGACGGAACUUGGUGUUCGCCCUUCAAGGAAAAGUCUGGAUUUUCUCCUCAGUGCCUGUGUCAAUGCCAAGGAUACCCAGACUUCCUUUCUGAUUUGGAAAGAAUAUGAGAAAGCAGGUCUUCCUUACAAUAUUUUGAGUUACCUCAGGAUGUAUCAGGCUCUUUUGGCUUCAGGAGACCAGAAAUCCGCAGCAAAUAUGCUAAGCAAGAUACCGAGAGACGAUCCUCAUGUUUGUUGUGUCAUAAAAGCAUGCCAACAAACGUAUAAAUCAGCAUUUAUUAAAAGUGAAAGAAAAAAGAAGCUGAAGGCCCCGAUGAAAGUACUAGGAGAUUUAUUUUCUGAAGCUGGAAAGUGAAGUACAUCAGCGUCUUGUAUCUUGUGAAGGAACGAAUCCGAUUUGUUGAAGCUAGGCUUUGUUCCUACCGAAUUCAAGAAGAUUUACCAACAACAAAUAAAAAAGGCAGUAAUGGUAUUAUUGGGUCUAGCCAAGGACCCCUGUAGCUAAAGUCCGUUUCUUUAGACAAGACGCCUUCUUCGGAAAAAUCUGUUGGUUUACUUUCCAGUUUUGAUGACAAGAGGGAUGAUAAAUACAAAAUGAACAUGGAUUUACGAAUUGGGAAAGAACCCGUUUAUGAUGAAUUGGAGAGCAUCGUGAGAAUUAAGCAUGCAGAAGUUAAGAUGUGGAACAAGAAGGUGGAGGAGGAAG